AGAGUUGCUCCAGUGGGGCGGGGUGUGGCAGGUCCCUCCGCCAAUCAGGGCCGCUCCUCCCCCCCACCAAGCGCUGGGGAGGCAGGACCUACGGUGCUGUCAGCCAAUCGGCGGCUACCUUCCUGAGCACAGGGAGAAGUUAGCAGUGGACUGCCAGUCUGGUCCGUAGCCACGAUGGAUGCAACACCGUGCCUCCUGCUCGUCCUCCUGCUCGGGACAAGGAUAGAAGAAAACAGCGCCCUCCAGUGUUACUGUGAACGCUGCAGCGCAAAUUCCAGCUGUGAGACAGAUGGCGUCUGCUUCGUCGCCAUACGCAAGUCCGGCAGCCGAUACACCACUGAGCAGCGCCAGUGUGUACAGGAAAGUGAACUGUUCCCGCGAGACCGGCCCUUCAUCUGUGCCCCGUCCGUCAAACAUGACACGGGUAUUUACCCAAUAUGCUGUACCACGGACUACUGCAACAAAGAGCCCGAUCUCGAUAGUUUCCCCGUCCCCACAGUAAAGCCUCCUCCUCUGGGCCCAGUGGCCCUUGCAGCGGUGAUCGCCGGCCCAGUGUGUGUUCUCUGCCUGCUGCUUGUUGUGGCAUUUUAUGUUUGCCACAGCCACAGGGGUCUGGGAGCCGGGGCCGCCGGGGCCCACCAUCACCACCACCACCGGGUCCCUAAUGAAGAAGAUCCCUCCAUGGACCAUCCCUUCAUCACUGUUGGAACGACGCUGAAGGACCUCAUCUAUGACAUGACCACCUCUGGAUCUGGAUCAGGUCUGCCGCUGCUGGUCCAGAGGACCAUCGCCAGAACCAUCAUCCUCCAGGAGAGCAUUGGUAAAGGGCGUUUUGGAGAGGUGUGGAGGGGUAAGUGGCGUGGCGAGGAGGUGGCAGUGAAGAUUUUUUCAUCCCGGGAGGAACGCUCCUGGUUCCGUGAGGCUGAGAUCUACCAGACCGUGAUGCUAAGACAUGAGAACAUUCUGGGCUUCAUUGCUGCUGACAACAAAGAUAACGGGACUUGGACUCAGCUGUGGCUGGUGUCAGACUACCAUGAACACGGCUCCCUGUUUGACUACCUGAACCGCUACACCGUCACUGUGGAGGGCAUGAUCAAACUAUCUCUGUCCACAGCCAGCGGCCUCGCUCACCUCCACAUGGAGAUCGUGGGAACACAAGGCAAACCAGCAAUAGCCCACAGAGACCUCAAGUCAAAGAACAUUCUAGUGAAGAAGAAUGGUACCUGCUGCAUCGCUGACCUGGGCCUCGCUGUCCGCCAUGACUCGGCCACCGACACCAUCGACAUCGCUCCAAACCACCGAGUGGGAACCAAAAGGUAUAUGGCUCCAGAGGUUCUGGACGACUCCAUAAACAUGAAACACUUUGAGUCUUUCAAGCGGGCCGACAUCUACGCCAUGGGACUUGUCUUCUGGGAGAUCGCCAGCCGCUGCUCUAUGGGAGGCAUCCAUGAGGACUACCAGCUGCCCUACUACGACCUGGUUCAGUCAGAUCCAUCAGUGGAGGAGAUGAGGAAGGUGGUUUGUGAGCAGAAGCUUCGGCCCAACAUUCCUAACCGCUGGCAGAGCUGUGAGGCCCUGCGGGUGAUGGCAAAGAUAAUGAGGGAGUGUUGGUAUGCCAACGGCGCCGCCCGACUCACUGCACUCCGGAUCAAGAAAACCCUGUCCCAACUCAGCCAACAGGAGGGAAUCAAGAUGUAGACGCAAUCACCAAACACACACACACACACUCACACACACACUCACACACAUAUCUCUGACUGGCAUCUAUAUCUUUAGUGUAACAGCAUUACUAUCUUCAAUAUUAUUCAUCGAUUCUUCCUCCACUUUUGUUUGAAGGGAAGUGAAGAAUAUUUUCCAGCUUUUUCAAAACCCAUUUCAUUAACCUAUUAGAUCCUACACCUGAAACUCAGGAACCAUUCGUGUGUGUGUGUGCUGCACUGGGCUGACACACACACAUGAAUGGCUGGAUCUAUGGAUGGAUGAUGGACAGAUGGACAGAUUAGAUGGUUGUUUCUGAAGAGGAUAAAGGCGUCAAAGGAACCCUCAACUCAUUCUCCCACAUGUUAAUUCACUACAUUCAUCGCAAGACGUCUCUCAAAGAUAAAGGCAACUGGUGUCCCGCUCAACUCCCGCCUCCACCGCUCAUUACGCCCCCAGCCAAUAAGAGCUCACACCUCCUCAACUAUACUCAAGUCCAGACAGGGAGCUGGUCAUCAGCCGGGAGGCCUCUGAGCUGCCGGAGCUUCACUAUCAUGUCCUCAUAUCUUCACUAUCAUCUCCUGAUUUGUACAUUUGCAUUUCACUCUUUACUUUGGACAUUAAGCUACUCUUCAGUGGGGCUGCAAGCCACUCAUUUACAUCUUUGAAUCAUUAUUAAAUGAUGGAAUAUUCAAAGGGCCUGAGUGUAAGAAAAGCAUGGACCCAACACUCAGAGACUGUUACAUGCGUACAUACAUUCUAUAAUGGAUGUAGUAAUAUGCACAACUAAUCUAACAAAAGAAAAUCUGUGAAUAUCUAUUUAAUCAAACACAUUUGAACGCAAACAAAUUCUAUUCGCUUUUUAAAUAUAAGCAACAGAAAAUGGCAUCGUAUCGUUUAACCACUGCCACAUACUUAUUGUUUAAAUUUCAAUUCCCCUGAAUCAAAGCAGUCAAAAUUAAAAUAAAUAGUUUAAGCUAAGGAAACAACAUUGGAGAAACAUUUCCCAUUUCAUGAUGAUUCAGCAGUUUGUUGUGUGAAGUUGUUUGCUGCCCUACUCUUGAGUCAUGGUACAGUAGCACUGGGGACUGAAGCGAGGGAAUCAUGGGACUGUGUGUGCGCUGCUCUGUGGGGUUCACACACACACGUCGGCUUCUUCUAGUUGAGUUGUAAAAGCAGAACCUCUCAUCUCUGCAAGAAUUUUGCACCUGUUCUUUCUUCUGUUAUUGUGUUUCCCCGUCUCCCGUCAUGUUGUCAGGGAGUCGGACAGGUCAGUUUAAUUUAUUGUAUUAUUUUUUUUUUUUUUUCUUUUGGUGGCAGGGGAUCUUUUGCAAAACUUAACAGGACAUGAUGACCUCAUUCAUUUUUGGCGAACAUGCUGCAACAUAUGCAAUAUACAGUAGAUAAAUGUGUCUAUUUUCUAUACUCUGCUAAACCACAAACACCAAGAACAACAACAACAACAACAAUCAGCUGCCACCAUGCCUUCCAAGCCAGCUGUUACCGGAAAGUGCCAGUGCUUUAAAAACCCAACUCCUCUCAUGUCGGCUGCCGUGGAGUGUGUGUUCUCGCGUGUAUGCAGCUCUUUGCGUGUGUGUAUCAGAGAAGGACUGCGGGAGCCCGGCCGAGCACUGCAAGCUUGUACUAUGCACACCCAAGAAUAGGUACGGAAAGCAAGAAAGGACACGCUGCACGUCACAGCACCCGCAACCCAGCCGACACCCUGGUGCCAUUUCGUCAAACCCACAUCUCCCCACCCCCUGACACCUGAACACCUCAGCAACAACUCAUUUUACAGCUUCUCUACUCAGCGGACUGAGUCUGGAAACUAAGCUCCAGCACCUCAAACUGUGUUCAGUUGGAAAAACACACAAAAAAGCUUGUGGCGAUUUUCAAAAAGAGACAAAGACUUGUAAGCAUUACUGUCGUCGCCCUAUAAAUGUAAACUCUUGGAUUUCUGAUUUCUGUUUUCACACGUGUUUGCGCCGCUGACUGCGCAGCAGCACGGAUCAACCUUUUAAGUGGUUUCUUCUCUUUAGGAUAAUCCACAACAAAAAAAUCAGUGAGGUACAUUCAUUUAAAUAUAGCAAACGGAUAUUUACUAAGCCAUAGGUUUUCCAGGUGUAUCUUUUUUCUCUUUAUUUGUGGCAAGUUGUUUUUCUACUAGAAUGUACAUUUAUGAAAAACAAAAGAUGAAAAAAACAAUGGACACUUAUGUCAUUUCAGCUUAGCAAGCCUUAAGGGACCAACGCAGAGGAGUCAGGAUCUGCUCUUAUUCUUUUUCCUUGUUAUUGUUUUCUAAUCUUUUGUGAGAUAAAUACAAAUCAUAGGGAUCCAUGAUAUAUGAUCAUGGAUCUUUAUGAUAAAAAUAGUGUCAUGAUUCUAUCUAAAGGAUAAAAAAAAUAUAAUGUAGCACCUGAUUGAAUAGUUUGUUAGUUUGUUUUGUCUUGUUGCCAAAAUUGCCAUACAUCUAAACCCAUUCUCUUAAUUUACAGAAUUGUUUCCAUCUGAAGCAUAGUUCGUAAUCAUAAUUACAAUAUAAAUACACAAGGUAUUAAAAGGUCAACAAUGAAUACACCCUGUACAUGAGAUCUGCCAGACAGUGUUAUUCUCAAAAAAAAUCCCACAGUCCCUUGAUUGUUCAGCAAUAAGUGCACUUCUGAACCACUGCAGGGUUUUCCUGUGUGGCAGUUUGGAUGUCGGUGAGUUCGUCUUGUCUUCAUUGUUUUUCUGACAUAAUGGAUACAUAACCUAUUGAUGUGCUGCUACCUAGUUGUCCACCUCGCUUUUCCAAGUCGAGGUGAGAGCUGCCGUUGGAUGUAAAUAUCCUCAGAUUGCCUAAAUCUGAUCAUUCUGUGCCAUGUUGCUCGGACGCAAAUCCAGCACAUUUGUCAGUUGUUAGGCAGUCUUCUCAAAGAUUCGCUGAUGUGUGUUGAAGCAGUGUUUGCAGCCGCUAUUUCUGGAAGAGCGGAGAGUCCGCCUCUCUCACCGCAGCAGCUCAUUUCACUGAUGAGCUCUCUCAAAGUGCACAUCAGUUCAAUCAGUUGUUGCAGAAUGGAAAGCUGCAACCUCCAUUGACCAUGUCUGAAAACCACCGUGCCAAUCUUUCAAUGGGGUUCUAAUGGGGUUCACAGGAGCUUGUUCUCUCCAGUUUGAGGCCCACACAGUUAAAAUGCACCUAGAGGCAGUUUGCCCCGCUCGAAGCCUAAGUUCAGACGAUUCGAUGCAAAAGCAAGGACAUCUUUUUUCAAAACAAUCAAAAGUACUUUCACUCAAUAAAACCUAUAUUAAUGACUUGUAGCAACUGAUCAUGUAAUAACAAACAUAAUAUUAGAAUUUGUCUAAUUCCUGCCUAAGUAGACUGAGUUUUUAAACCAGUAACUGCAACCCCAUGUCGAAUGAAAACAAACUAGAAUCUCUAUCAAUAAAACUCAUACCUCCGUCAAGGACAAGAAGAUAGUAGAAAUAUAACAUAAAGAGGAAGUGAUCUGAUGACCUGAAUGAUUUGACGCGUUUUGCCUUUGGGCAACCAUAUGUUCACAAUUCAUUUGGCCAUGAGAAAAUAUUUAAUAUGAAAUCAUAAAUUGAUAAUAGUCACCACGGGGCACCACCCUUCAAAGAAAGAGGAAAAUAUAACUGAUUUACUGAUCCAGUCUCAGACUAUCAAACUAUGAAUUUGGAACUGUGAUGCAGUUAACAAUUAACUUAACUGUAGCCAAAAUUACCACAUCAAGUAGUUCACAAAGUUGAGGGAUUUGGAAAUCUUGGCAGUUUAGAGCUUGCCAAAAUACACAGUGACCAAAAUUGGCUAAAGUUGGGACAUCUUAACCAAGCAAUAAAAAAACGUGGGGGAUUGUGAGAGUCUGAGUUCUGGAAGCUGUUAGUUUGUCUUCAGGACAAAGAAAAGAUUUAGUCAGGCUUUGGAUCAACAUGUAGCUCUGUCUAUUUUUCACCAACAGUAUGUCCCAACAGUUAUAAACAUAGAAAGUAAAGAAAGUUUAAAAAGAAAAUCAUGGAUCCCUGCUUUAAUCUGAACAUGCACAAAAAUGUAUAGGGAUCUACAGAGGCCAAGACCCCAGUCCUCCACCAAGUUUGAUGGAAAUUAGUUUGGUAGUUUUUUUGCGUAAUCUACUAACUUGACGGAGGUACAAAUAGAGCUUGACGGUAAAAAGUUAUUCAUUUGUUAGAGUGCUUUUGAAAGUAGCCUGCAGUCUUUGUCAGCAGAUGAAGUUCAGUCAGUUAACUCAUGGAAUUAAUUAUUAUGUGAAUGUUGAAUAUAUGCAAAAUUUAUCUUAGGCUUCAAGACUUUGAUGGUCAAUAUCCGAAAAGAAACCUGAAGCCGGGCACAGCAGGGAAUCAGAAGUAGUGUAACCCAACUAAUUCAAAGUAAUGUUUGAACAACAGUGAGCUUUAUUUGCUGUGGUAGAAUUGAAUAGGUUGCUAAAUAUAUCUGGCUAUAAUAUCCACAAACUGUUGAAGAAAUGACAUAUUCAGUUGCUACAGGUUUUAUUCAGCAAUUCCCUUGUCCUUGACAAAUUCGGUGAAAAACCAGUUUGACAAAUAGCUGUUCAGGUGUAACAUACCCACCUGUGUACCACUGCUCGGAGUUGCUGUGAAUGAAGAAUUCCCAAUUAUGUAGAAAUGUUCAGCAGUGGCAGAAGUGACUUAUUAAUUCUUGUAAAUACCUUGUGGAGUAGAAAACAGAAGAAAGCUAUCCUAAUAUUUGAAGAAAGUAAAGUGGAUAUUGCUGCUAUAUUAAAUAGAAAAAGGGUGACAAACUAUGCUGAAUUAAAUGUUAAAUGUGUAAACUAGUGGUCCAACUGGGCCUUGCCAGGCGAAACCAGGGCCAAUUCUUCUUCUUUCUAAGCCAUGCGGGUGGCAGGGUGAGGGAUUGGUGGUGGUACACGAAACCCUAAAUUUCAAAUCUCUACGCAUCCCUUUAAGAAAGCCCUGGCUUGUCCGACUGGGCCUCUGGGUAAGAUUUAAACUGUACAGUAUACAUAUUUCAUUUCAAUGUCAUUCUCUGGGACAACAAAAGCUCAACUCAACAGCACCUCUGGUAUGCCUCUACUCGGACAACCUUCAUUCUGUCUUAAAGUCACCAGCAGCCUUGUACUUUUUCUUUUCAAAACCCAAGAUGACUUAACUGUAAAAAGAUGUUUGCAGCCAAUUCUUGUUCCUCUUGUGUUCUUUAUAGAGCAGUCGUUCUCUCUAUCUUGCCUUUCUCUCUUGUCAUUCCAUGUUGUCUAACAGACAGAUGUCUCUUUGCUACAGGGGCCACACUUCAUUGCAGUCAGUUCUCUUGCCUCACAGCUCCAUGAUGGCUGAAGCAACUCGCAUCCAUCCCUGCCAAAUUUUAUUUCCAUGUCCCUCUGAACUCAGAGUGUGCUUGAAACAAUCCAGUUUGUAUGAUGCAAUGGAUUGCACAGGUUUUUCAGACGCUCUCUCCUUUAAGACAUUCAUGGUGUUGCCCUCAGUUCUACCCAAGACAAGAGACAGAGUAGUCACUUUCAACUGUCUCACGUCCGUGCUGCACACUCGUCAACUUGUUAGGUUUGGAAAGUUCUGAAACUUGUCGGACACAGCCAAGUUAAGCAUACUGCUUUUAGUAGUAAAUUAAUAUAGCAUUAGCAUUAUAACAUUUGUUUGUUAGGGGGGGUAAGGCAAAUUCAUAAUUGAUGCUGCAGAACCAGAGGUAUUAUCUUUUUAAUUCCACAGUUUUCUACUUUUUCUACAAAAUCUGGUGCCUACAUUGACCACAAUGCAACUCAACCAGCAACAGUUGGAUCAGAAAUUUAAGAGUGGCAUGCUAAUAGCAGCUAAUCUAACCUUUAGCUUCAAGCAGAGAUGAGGAGAAAGUAACGGAGGUCUGGUUAUCUCAAAUCUUUUUCAGGUUACUCAAAACAGGGCUGCAUCCAACACACUGUAGUUUGUAGGUUUCUGAUGCCGUCAGUUUGACCAACAACAUGAAUGUCUUCCAGGAGAGACUUUCUUAAGUGUGCGUCUUUAUGUGUAUGUGAAAGCAGCUUUUACAGGCUGCAUGAAAUCACUGAAAACUUGUUUUGUUUCAAGCAUGCAUUGACCUCAGGGGUAUAAAAGCGGCCAUACUGUCAGCUGUACCUCCUUUUGUUUGGAAAUCAUUGGGGUUUUCAUAAUUUGUGGGUUAUUUGGGUCAGACAGUUUUGAUUGGUUAUUGCAAUCACGAAAAUUUAAAGAAAACCCACUGUACCUCCCCUUUGUGAAUCUCACCCUGUCUUUUCUGUGUGUAGCUCAGAUUGAAGGGGGGGGUCACCGUACACUGCUGAUAUGCAGCGUCCGUACAAUUUCAAACCUCAGUUCCCUGGUCAACACAGGUGAAGGUCGCGAGUGGGAGAAGCGUCACGGCUGAGCCAUUUAGUGACUCAAACCCAGACAAAUAUGCAGUCUUCUCACGCAACACUUUUUAACCAAGAAAGGUGGAAAACAAGAGUUUUCUUCUGCUCUUUGAACAUGGAUGGAUGGACCAAGAUGGAGAGGUUAACAUGAACUAUGCCAGCAGCUCUACCGCUUCUAACCACGCACUGAGAAAUUCCCACAGCUGUGAAUGUAUCAGACCUCUCAGAGUAAAUAACCGAUCUGAGCACAACCUGCAUAGCUCAACCCAAAGGUCGUGGCAGCAACUUAGUGAGCAUUGCAAAUAUCCGCCACACGCACGGGUCUGUUUCUAUGUCUCUGCCUCUCGUUAUGCAAAGUCUGGGCCAACCAUGUUCGCCCACUCAGUCCCCCUGGAUCACCAGGAUGAAUGACCUUACUAUGCUCGUAUGAUCCACACACUGUGAAGAGGUCCGUGUUAGGGUCAAAAGAUUAAAUCGUUCACCUUUCGUGGUUUCCCUCUAUUGUCUCGGCGGAGACCUGCUGUGUGAUGGUCUCUGCUGAAGCAUCGGCAGUGCUUAAAGGCCAGGGAAGUGUUCUAGGUCGAUGUGAUCAGGGGUUUGGGUCACUAAAGGGCUCAGGCUCUGCUCAGUUACAAAGUUUGCUUCUCCAGGUCGAUGCUGCUGUGAGGCCUUUGGGUGGCAGAAAGCUUUAUCAUGUUUUAUUUGGUGCCUAAGUUUGACAAGACUUCUUUUACCUUUCACCUCAAAUGACAAGACUGCAUGUGAUUGUGUCUGCAUUGAUGUCUGCAUUAUCUGCUUAAUAGAUAUCAUCCAAAAGCUGAGAUCUUAAAAAAGCAUAAUUAACAUAUUAACAAGGUCACUUAAUUGAAAAGAAAAUACCUCCUUUUAAAGACCAAUGUGUUUUACCUCACUGUAUAUAUAUAUUCUUGAUUUGUUUACUCCAAGUUUGCAAUUUAUCUUUCUCUUUUGUUUCUAUGAAAUGCUUAAAAAAGUUGAAGAGAAAAAUUCGUUUUUUCUUUUCAAUUGUACUUUUUUGUCAAAUGGCAUUGUAUUGUGUUUGUGUUGUGCCCAAGCAGUAUACUAUUCCUCUUUUACCAUGCUCUGUAUAUGACCUGUUGGUUGUGUUCUGCGUGAGCUGUACAGUCAAAGCGCUUUACAAAUGUCCAAGCCCCCUUCUGAGCUCUGGUUAAAAAAAAAAAUGCCUUGUUCAAUAUAUUCUUUUGUUUAACGAAAAAAAAUUGAAAAAGAAGAGUCAAAGUGGAGGUGGAGGAGGCUGGAAGUGAGGGGAAGGACUUUAUACCCCUCAACAACUGUCGAACCCUCCUCGCCCCACAACGCUCUUGGAUUUCUAAACAUAUUAUAAUCUUGACUUUUUUUAUAUAGUAUGUACAGAUGAAUGAGAGAUCAGCAUAGGAACUAGAGGAUUGACACUUAUGUUAACUUCUAACAUAGCUGGAGUAGAAAAUGGUGUGAAUAAAGAAACAGAGUUUCACUACAA